AUGAUGGCACUGCUUUGUCCAUGCGUGCCGCUGGCGCAGGUCGCGAGUCGAUUCAGCGGGCGCACGGCGUACGUGGUCGUGCUGUGUCUUGGCAUGCUGCUACACAUGUCGUUUGUCGUGUUGGUGUACAUUGCGUGGUGCCACAACCCGAGCCACUGGCCGUCGUUCGUGGAACAGCUGACGUCGCUGUUUAUGAUGCAGCUAAAUGACCUCCCGAUCUACUGCUGGGGUGUCUGGGCGGUCCUUGUCGCCUACCUGCGGUCGUACGGUCGCGCCAAGAUGCAGCUGGCGGGGAACUUUGGCUCGGACUUGGUCGUAGCAUGUUGCUGCACCAGCUGCGCCAUUGCCCAACUCGCCACCCAAGUGGACGUGUACGCCGCCAACGUCCGCCGCGACGACUGCCGCCAGUAUUACUUUGGGCCUCGGGAUGUCUUGCCUCCAUACUUGGCGCUCGAGCCCCGGAAACCAUUGAAGUAUUCGUCUGCUCGGACUGUGGUGGUCUAG